CGGUCAGGGGCGCCCGGCUGCUCGGCUCUCCCGCGCGGCCACACCCGCGCCUCGCUCCCUAUCCCAGCCUCCCAGCGCCCCGCGGGGCCGAGGCGGGAGGAUCAUGGCGGCCAACGCGGUGGCCUCUCGCCUGGCGCGGCAGGAGCAGGACAUCCGCUGGCUGACUGCGGAGAUCGGGCGCCUGAAAGAGCAGCAGAGGCUGGGGCCGGGGCCGGGGCCGGAGUCCUGGCCAGGCUGGGCGAGCAGCCCCAGCCCGGAACUCGAGCGCCUACGGGGCGAGAACGAGAAGCUGCGCUACCGGCUCCAGCACCUGCGGCGCAGCCUAGACGCCGAGCUCAGCCGGCGGCCUGAGCAGCCCCGCGAGGCCGCCCCGGCCCAGCUUCCAUCCACCACAAAUCAAAAAGAUGCUCAAAAUAAAAAUAAAAAGGAGAAGAAGAAAGAAAAUGAAAUUGUAAAUGGCCUGAAGAGUGAGUUAUGUAGUGGUCCAAACUUCAUAGAAGAUAGACUGAUGCUUUAUGAAACAUUGAAGAGAGAGCAUGACACCUUGCUUGCCCAUAGAGCAGCAAACGAGAGCAAAUUGAUCAAAAUAAUGCUGAUUGAUGGAAAAAUAGUUGAAGGGGAGUCUUGGAAAACAACACCAUAUGAAGUGGCUGCUGGAAUUAGUCAAGGACUGGCUGAUAACACAGUAAUAGCCAAAGUAAAUGGUGAAUUGUGGGAUUUGGACCGUCCAUUGGAAGAAGAUUCUACAUUAGAGUUGCUUAAGUUUGAUAAUGAGGAAGCUCAGGCUGUGUACUGGCAUUCUAGUGCUCAUAUUCUUGGAGAAGCUAUGGAAAAUUAUUAUGGAGGCUGCUUGUGCUAUGGCCCACCCAUUGAAAAUGGAUUUUAUUAUGACAUGUUCAUUGAAGACAGAGGGGUAUCCAGUGCAGAAUUUCCAACAUUAGAGAACAUGUGUAAAACUAUCAUGAAAGAGAAGCAACCUUUUGAAAGAUUAGAAAUCAGGAAAGAAAUUCUUCUGGAUAUGUUUAAGUAUAAUAAAUUUAAAUGCCGAAUCCUGAAUGAGAAGGUUGAUACCCCAACUACCACAGUAUACAGGUGUGGUCCAUUGAUUGACCUUUGUAGAGGUCCACAUGUAAGACACACUGGAAAAAUUAAAGCCAUAAAAAUAUUUAAGAAUUCCUCAACCUAUUGGGAAGGAAAGGCUGACAUGGAGACUUUGCAAAGGAUCUAUGGAAUAUCUUUUCCUGAUAAUAAGAUGAUGAAAACCUGGGAAAAGUUACAAGAGGAAGCAAAAAACAGAGAUCAUAGGAAAAUUGGAAAGGAACAAGAACUUUUCUUCUUUCAUGAUCUGAGCCCAGGAAGCUGUUUUUUCCUUCCAAGAGGAGCUUUUAUCUAUAAUACACUCAUAGACUUCAUAAAAGAGGAAUAUCAUCGGCGUAAUUUUACAGAAGUGGUGUCUCCUAAUGUCUACAAUUGUAAACUCUGGAAAACAUCAGGUCAUUGGCAGCAUUAUAGUGAAAAUAUGUUUUCUUUUGAUAUUGAGAAGGAGACAUUUGCACUUAAACCCAUGAACUGUCCAGGACACUGUCUGAUGUUUGCUCAUCGUCCACGUUCCUGGAGGGAAAUGCCUAUCAGACUAGCUGAUUUUGGAGUUCUUCAUCGGAAUGAGCUCUCUGGAACUUUAAGUGGUUUAACACGUGUCAGACGAUUCCAGCAGGAUGAUGCACACAUCUUCUGCACGAUGGAGCAAAUUGAAGAAGAAAUGAAGGGAUGCUUAGAGUUUUUACAAUCAAUUUAUACAGUAUUUGGGUUUUCCUUUCAAUUAAAUCUUUCUACACGUCCUGAAAACUUCCUAGGAGAAAUUGAAAUAUGGGACCAAGCUGAAAAGCAACUUCAAAACAGCUUGAAGGAAUUUGGAGAACCAUGGAAAUUAAACCCAGGAGAUGGAGCUUUUUAUGGGCCUAAAAUUGAUAUAAAAAUCAAAGAUGCCAUUGGCAGGUACCACCAAUGUGCCACUAUUCAGCUUGAUUUCCAACUACCCAUCAGAUUUAACCUUACAUAUGUUAGUAAGGAUGGGGAUGAUAAGACAAGACCAGUGAUAAUUCACCGAGCUAUUCUGGGAUCAGUAGAGAGAAUGAUAGCCAUUCUUUCAGAAAAUUAUGGAGGAAAGUGGCCUUUCUGGCUGUCUCCACGUCAAGUAAUGGUAAUCCCUGUAGGGCCAACUUGUGAAGAAUAUGCAUUACAGAUAUCCAAGGAAUUUUUUGAAGCUGGAUUCAUGGCUGAUGUUGAUCUAGAUCAAAGCUGCACACUAAAUAAGAAAAUACGAAAUGCACAACUGGCCCAGUACAAUUUUAUUUUAGUGGUUGGAGAAAAAGAAAAAUUAAAUAACGCAGUAAAUGUUCGAACAAGAGACAACAAAAUUCAUGGAGAGGCUUCAGUACCUUCCACCAUUAAUAAAUUGAAGAAACUGAAGGAGUCACGUACAUUAAAUGCAGAGGAAGAAUUUUGAAGUUCCUGUUUUCUGCUGGCCAACCUUAAGGCAUUUUCUAAUACUUGAAGAUGGAAUUCCUUUUCUUAGCUUCCUGACAUUUUACUUAUUUCCAGAGCUUUGGACUUACCACCUCCAACAAGCCACAGGCAGAAGAGAAAAUGUAUCUGAUUCAAUUUUUGUUCCUAUUACUCUCAAACAAAUGUAAAUUAUGCAGGUGUUUUGGUUAGCAAUAGAAGAAGACAAUUUAGGAAAAUUUUCAAGGAAAAAUAAUGCCUUGGUGCGUGUUUGCUAGAUGAAGGAAUUUGUUUUAUUGAAAAGGGAAAAUAAUGGCACAUGUACAUUUAGUGAUGUUACUAAGGGUUAUUUAAGCUUUUCAAAAGACAGAUGAACUUGAAAUAAAAGCCUGUGAAGCUUUUGGGCAUACAAAGACAAUCUUAUUUUAUUUUGCAAUGACUAUAUGAUGUCUUAGAUAUUUUAUGGUUGUUGAUCUAGAGAGACAACUUUUUCUUCAGAAUUCAGCAAAUCAUGCAGCAAAUAUUUAGGACCUUUUCUUGUAGACACUCUACACAUGUUAAAAAAAAAUAGAGUCUGGGGGCAGCUAGGUGGCGCAGUGGAUAGAACACCAACCCUGGAGUCAGCAGGACCUGAGUUCAAAUCCAGCCUCAGACACUUGACACUUACUAGCUGUGUGACCCUGGGCAAGUCACUUAACCCCAAUUGCCCCUCCCCAAAAUAGAAUCUGAAUGAGUCUUGAAUCCCCAUUACUUACUUUGGGUAACAGAACUUCAGAAUAAAGAGUGUGGAGGAAGAUAUAUUGCUACUAUCCAUAUUGCAUACAUUAGAGAUCUGCAAUUCUUGUGCUUUGGGGUGUCUUUUACAACUUAGCUAACUCUCUUUUUAAAAAAAAAAGAAAAUAAGAUAGAAGUCCAUUUUAAAUUCCUUUAUUAGGCACCUUAGUAAAUGCUCCAAAAAAGCAUUUUCUCAAUCAAAUUAUGUCUUUGAUUAAAUGAGAAUCUGCUUAUAAUUUUCUUUUUCAAUAAAUCUAUAGAAAAAUAAGUGGAUUUCAGAAUUUAUUGAAGGAGACAAACCCAGGUACCUAUUUUUCCAUGAGCAGGAUUAGCUCUAGGCAAAAUGAAAAAUUUGCCAAUCAAUAUGUCUACAAUCCUACUUGUAGGGUACAAAAGAAGUAGAAAACAUGUUCUCAUCCACAAAGAGUCCAAAGUUUUACUGGGAAGACAAACUAUAACAUACACCAAAAUAUUAAUAGGGAGCUAAUUAUGUGAAAUAGAAAAUAAGGUCAACGUGAGUUAGAAAAAGUAGGCUAGAAUUCUCUUGGGAUGCUUUUCAGUAGAGUUGGAACUUGGGCUGGAUCUUGAGAGCUAAAUUGUAUUUUGGAUUAAUAGGAAUGGGGAGAACCCUAAAAUAGAGGAAUGACCUAAUCUGUGAGGAGAAAGAAAAUGAGCUUCCUAAAUAUGGCAGAGAAGGUUCAUGUUUUAGGGGUAAGUAGAAAUCUAUCUGGAUGCGUAGGAGGUUGGACCAGAUUGAGAGGACACAUGGAAAUCAAGGCAAAAGAGUUCAUACCUUCAGGAGACAGUACUUUAACCCCAAAGUAUGAUUUUAUUGUUGGGAAUUUCAGGUAGUGUGGUAGGCCUAAAGUAUGUUGGGAGUAGUUACAUACGUUUACUAAUACUACUAUGGUACACUCUUUUAAUUACUUGAUGUUUAAUACCUUUUGAAUUAACUAUAGAUGAAGGCUAUAGUAUGCUUUUAAGAAAGGAUUUAGAAUAAUCUCUGCAGUUAAAAAAAGUCAUUUUGAAAAUCUACUCCUUCUUUACUAUCAUCCAUAUCAGUUGGUUUAUAUAGUAGCAGUAUUGUAGGAUUAUUAGAUUGGAAGGGGAUUAACCCUCCUAAUUUUAUAGACAAGGAAACUAAGGCCCAGAGGCUAAAUGACUUGCCCAAGGACUCCUUGACAGUAAAUGGAAAAGCCAGGACUCAACUAAAAAUUCGAUGCCCUUGAGACCACACUGUAGCAUAAGGGAGACUUUUGGUCCUGUUUCAAGUUACUCCACAAAUUAGCUACUUACUUUGGAUAUCAAUAGAACCAGUUCUUCCUGUGUCCAUCCUUCUAAUCAAUAGUUAGUCCAAUGUAAAAUUGUGAAGUCAAUAGAAUUUGUAUUUGUUACCCAACCCUUUCUUUUCUAUUAUCUCUUCUGCAGUAGUACCUUUCUCUAUCAACUCAGGGUCCUGUGGGUCUCUUGCUCUCUCUCUAUAUAUAUUCCUCUUCCUCUUGAAAAUCAGCUCUCAGGGAAUGCUCUGUCAAGUCACUUACAUCACACUAUGAUUUUAAAGUCAAUGUGUUAUCUAUCCGGUGGUGUGUCAGAUAUGCUUUUGUGUUUAGGCCUGUAUCUAAUUGUAAAAUGAAAGGCUUUCCAGCAGGAUAAAGAAUACUCAUUGGUCUGCAGAGUCAAAAAGAACUUGGUUUGAAGUCAUACCCUUAUUACUUAUGUCACAAGUUCAUAAAAUUUAGAGGUGCAAGAGGACCAAAGAGAUCUAGUCCAAUCCCCUCAUUUCAAAGCUAGGAUUCAAACCUAGUCAAUUUUAUCAAUGAAAUUCAUCUAUGAUCCUGAGAUACUACUACAGAUCAUUGGAUCACAGAGCUAGAACCGAAAGGGACCUCAGAAGCCAACUAUUUCGAUUUCCCUCAUUUUAUUUGAUGAAAAUGAAAAAUGGCUACCUUAGGGUCACAUAGGUAAGCCCCAGAGGCAGAAUUUGAACCACGUCCUCUGACUCCUGAAUACUCUAGUGCUCUUUCCAUUGUACCUUGCCAAUCUCACAGGUUUUAGUGCUCUCCCCACCUCAAACUUGCACUAUACUUGUUUAUAUGUUGUAGCCUCUUAGUAGAAUGUAAGCUCUUGAGGGCAGGACCUAUUUCAUUUUUGUCUUUGUUAUCUCCAGCACCUAUCACAAUGCUUUGUAUGCAGUAGGAUUUUUAAUAAAUGUUUACUGAAUUGAA